CAUCCAUUGCUGCUAUUUCACCCCCUGCCACUCCGUCCAGGAAUGACAUCUCCUGUCGUACUCAUCGCCUUACUGCUGUGCUCCUUGCCUUCGCUCUCAUCAUCGACCUACAUCCAGGUAGAAGACUGUUUCCCACCCACCAAUGCCCUGAACGUCACGCGACCGCGCACUGUGUCUCUCGACGCCGUGAUCCGAAGUGAGAAUGCCAUCACUGUUCUGGAUUUGAAUGCAUGGAUCUACUACGACUCGCUCCAAGACUGCCAGGACACCGCUCAACAUGGGAAAAAUGUGAUUGUUGAGGUUACCAAUCUUGGCUCACGACUCGGUCAUCAGAUUGAUGCCUCAUCCCCCUGGAAUAUGUCAUGUACCUAUCACGAACUAUGGGAGUGCGUGUACAGUCCCAUACUUGCCAAUUGCGAAUGCUGAUCCUGUACAGCCCUCCUGUUGCCGGCCGCCUUAAUGCUACAUAUGACUUGGGUGCGUCUGUACCACACAUGCGUUCCCUUGGUGUCUCGUUUCGCGCAAACGACUACGCCGAUAGCGUCUUGACGUGUAUGCGCGGUGUUGCUACUCCAGAUAUCGGUCAUUAUGCCACUUCUAUCCUAAAAUGGGGCUCCAUCGCUGUCCCAGUCUUCGCAAGUCUAUGCUCCAUCUUGAUCCGGAUGAGACAGCGCCAUGACAACGAGAACCUUCUCGAUGGCCCUACUGUUCCCGAUGAUCCAGCUGAGGCCUUCAUUCCUGGUGUCAUCGACUGUCUACAGUAUCUCCAGUUUGUUUUUCUCACAGGGUGCAUCACUCUCAAGUUUCCUGGUUUCUUUCGUCCAGUUGUCGGCCAGUUCGCAUGGUCUACACUAAUGACUUUCCACCCAAUUACUACUCAUUUCGUCUACGACGGCAUCGAGGACGGCAUCUACGCAAUCAAUGCGACCUACGGGUUCGAAGAGAUGGCCCAGGUGCUGGGAGCGCCUACCAUGUCCGAUCUCUGGCUCAGUGUGGUCAUCAAUCUGGCGAUCGCCAUGGCCGCUGUUGGACUUGUCAUGGUCGUCACGUAUCUGAUACGAGGAGGUAUGAGACGCACAAAAGCCGCCAGUCGUCAGGAGAGGAAAGAGACCUGGCUCUUCAAGACCAAGAAUGUGGGCUGGAAUCUUCUCAGAGUGGCCUUCAAUUGGUUCUUACAGCCCAUCCUUGCAUUCUGUACAUUUCAACUCCUGGUCGUUCAUUAUCUUUCACAAUCCAAGAUUGCCAUACUCGCCGUUAUUCUGACGCUACUAGCUGUUUCUUUAGCAUUCAUGUUGUACCGCAUCAUCUUCCAAAAACGUGGCUAUGUCUUCAUGAACGACUCCACGGAGGACCGGCUCUCGCUCAGCUUCUCCAUCAAUGCCCGUCUCGCGCUGUUGCAUUAUUUUGUGCUCAUCGUCCGUGGUGUUGCAUUUGGUGCUCUGCAGAUAUCUGGUCGAGGACAGAUCAUAUGCCUGGCCGCUGUCGAGGCUAUCGCUCUGAUAGCAUUCUUGAUAUUUCAACACUCGUCUGGCUACACCAUACACACUUACUCGGCUGGAAUUCGGCUAUGUAUCAUACUCUUGUUCAUCACUUUUCUGAACGGAGUGCAUGCCAGCACCCCUGUCAAAGGCUGGGUAGCAUAUAUUAUCUUAGGGCUUCACUUUUGUAUCAUCCUAGCGGCCUUUGUCAUUCGCCCCACUAUCAAUGUGUACAAGGAGCUUGCGCAUCCUAAAUCAGCCAGAGUGAGAGCCGGACACAACAAACGGCCUACAUCUGAAGGUCCUGCGGUACUUGGUCUUCACGAUCUUGGCCGACGCCCUGAUCGAGACGGGCACUUUCCUGGUGAUGGAGUAUGGCCUGAUGGGGAUAAUAGCUACACUAGGGCAAGCCCGGUCCUUGGUCAGCGAUACUCUCGACCUGCACGAUCCGCUUCCGCUCUAUCAGGUACCAUGCCCCUGACAGCAACCUCACCCACCAUAGCAGACCGACGUAGCCACGACACAAUCUCGCCUGUACCAUCCUGGACCGAAGAUGACGCUCGCACAUAUACGACCAUGUCUACCAGUGACCAGUUCGCAGCGGACAAAGAUUACGCGACUCGUGAAGCUGACUCAUAUUUUGGCAAUCCGGUCCCACAGCACGACACGGACAAUCGUCAUAGUCUGGACGAGAGCGAAGCUCAUCAAGCAAGCGAGCCCAGGCCGAUUGUAAGCACGCUCCGCAACCUGGGCAAUCGAUUCGCUCGCGGGAGAUCAACACGGAGUGGCGCUGGCUUUGAGGUUUCGCGACCGCAACGACCACCGCCCGCAUUUGAAGUUGUAAGACCGUCAAGAGUCCCUGAAGAAUCUUCGGAAGUGUUGCUUGGCUCAGAGCUCAGGAGGAGACCAUCGCAAACACCGCAGGCCGAGGACCAUACCUGAAUUUGGUAUUCGAGAUGGGAGUCUCAGAUCCAGAAUGCAACACCUGCAAUCACACCACAGAAACAUAUGGCGAAAAGUGAAAUGCGAACUCGUAAAAGUGAACUGACGCUUCGACACGAAAGCACUGUUCACCCACUCCAACAUGCCACCAGACCACGAAAUGUCUUGUCGGAUGGCUGUACCACCCUCAAAAAACAGCGUUCUCCGU